CGCGCAACCAGCUUCAAGACGUGUCACCAGCGCGCAAGAUGCUGGACGUCAACGACUUUGAGGCGGUCUUCUCCUUCGACCCCAACUACACGUACAGCCAGACUACGAUCACCAGCAUAAACAGCAAUCGGCGCACGCUCGGCGGCACGCUGUUCUUCGACAAGCUGCUGGCGCAACUGCAUAUCAAAAGCGGCCAUCUCUACCCACCACACAAGAAUGCCGACCUACGCGACCUCCACGAAAGAAUCGUCACGGCGCCAAUUGCCGACCACCACAAGCAAUCGGUGCUUUUCUACAUCCUGAGAGACUGCCGCGCUCCCGAUGCGGCCCUGGACCCAGCCGACAGCUUCGCAAAAUCAUGCUACCUGCCGCAGAAAUACUGGGUUGUGGUGGAAGGCCUAUGGGAGAUGGACCACCUGCAAUUCCGACCCGCGAUGGAGUCGCUCACGCACCCCUCCCUGCUGCCCACCUUCCCCGCGGAGGUGCUCUUGACGCUGCUCGAGCACGUCCAAGAAAGCGACCGCGACCUUCCCCUCGCCUACUACAACUGCGUGCAGCCGCCGCUCACCACGCCCGCGCUGCAAACGUCGUACUUCCGCUAUCUGGCCGGCCUCUCCGUCACCGAAGCGUACGCCUUCCUCCAGGCGCAGCCCUCGCAAACGCAGAAGAACCUGCUGCAGAUCCUCAUCAGCGAGACCCUGUCGUUCGUCCCGUUGUCAGAGCGCGCUGAGCGCAGCGUCGAGCUCAUCGAUCUGCCAUUUACCGACGAGGAAGAGGAGUGGUUUGAGGAUUAUCUGCUAGCGGGCAAGGGCAGGACGCUGCAUGGCGCGCGCGACACGGUUGUCAUGAGGCGGAUCGCCGUAGGGAAGUACGCGGACGCAUUGGACGUCGGCAAGCAGUUGACCGGCAGGAGAUAUGACGGCGUCACUUGGGAGAGUAUCAAGGAUAAGAUCGGUCGGGGGUUGGGACCAAGGGCCGAUCUUAAUGUUUUCAACAUGCCAUAAUACCAAGCAUUUUUGCGCGUUCUUUGACAGGUAAAUGCAAGGGGGAAAGGCGCUAUGGCGUUGAUGUCGAGCUUAGACGGUUCGCCAUUUGGUUUUGGGUAGGAAUACUUCAAAAUAAAAAGUUAUAUGGCAUGCUCAACAAUGAGCAGACAGGC